UCAUCAGUUAGCGGCUAGCGGCAAGAGCGAGGCGGUGGAACUCUGCGAUAAGCUCACGGUUUAUAAAUACCUUCUACUCCCAAACCACAUUUAUUAUGGCCUCACAGGAAAGCCAAGAAUUCAAUCGCAACAUCAUGGUUGGAUUCAUAGGAGGCGGUCGCAUGGCGCAAGCCAUGGCCAAGGGAUUUAUUAAUUCAGGUCUGGUCCGUGCCACCAACAUCGUGGUGAGUGACUCGAGCCCCCUGGCCCUCCAGAGCCUGCAGCAGCUGGGCGUGCGCACCACACAGAGCAACAAGGAGGUGGUGGCCGACAGCGAGCUGGUGGUGGUGGCGGUCAAGCCCAACGUGGUCAAGAAGGUGCUGGAGGAGGUGUCGCCGGAGGUCAGCACGGACAAGCAGGUGUUCGUGUCCAUAGCGGCCGGAGUGACCAUCAGCUCGUUAGAACAGGUCCUCCCACAAGGCACUCGAGUGAUCCGCGUGAUGCCCAACACACCGUCCCUGGUGCAGGCCGGCGCCUCCGUGCUCAGCCCGGGCUCGAACGCGCGCCGCGGCGACCCUGAGGUUGUGCGCACGCUCCUGGGCUCGGUGGGCUUGUGUGAGGAGGGGGCAGAGUCUCUCCUGGACGCCGUCACGGGCCUCAGCGGCAGUGGACCCGCCUACGCUUUCGCUGCGAUUGAGUCAAUGGCGGACGGCGGGGUCAAGAUGGGGCUGCCCCGUGAACUGGCUCUCAAACUGGCGGCACAGACGUUGCUGGGAGCGGCCAAGAUGGUCCUGGAGACGGGCAAACACCCGGGCCAGCUGAAGGACGAGGUGUGCUCCCCUGCCGGCACCACCAUCUCCGCCAUGCACGUGUUGGAGAACCGGGGGUUCCGCGCCAGUCUGAUCGACGCUGUGGAGGCAGCAACUCUCAGGGCUAGGGAGCUAGGCGCCUCUAACUAAGUGAGGGGCUGGUAGAUGGAUGGAUGGAUAGAUGGAUGGGUGGAUGGAUGGACGGGCGAGUGAGAGAGUGUGGUGAACAAUAGUGGAUGAUGGUGUGCGUGUAUGUGUGUGAGUAUGUGAAUGAGUGUGCUGUGUGUGUAUUG